AUGUGGCUCCUGAUGCGUCUCCUGUCCUUCCUGCUGCUGACCAGGUCCGUCUUUGCCAUUGGUCAAAAUGCCACCCUUGCUUUCAACGCCUCCACUAGCAGCUAUCAGCUUGCGUCCAGGUCUUCGUCCGUGCGCCUCGUUCUUGAUGCUGCAGACUGGCCUGGUGUACUGAGAGUCGCCGACGACCUUGCUCUCGACUUUGGACGAGUCACCGGCCUCAAUGGUUCGCUUUCGCUUGUCAACAGCGAUGCCCCCACCGCAAACGCCUCGGUCAUCUUUAAUGUCACUGGGAGAUCGAGCUGGACAACUGCAACUUCCGCAGCUAACAACAGCAGCUCUGGUGUUAUUAUUGCCGGAACGCUCGGGAAUUCGACUCUCAUCCAAAGCCUCAUUGAUUCUGGCAAGAUUGACGUCUCUGCGAUUGAUGGUCAAUGGGAAUCCUUCACUUCGCAGCUCGUCGACUCUCCUAUGGAUGGGGUGUCGAAGGCUCUCGUGAUUGCCGGAAGUGACAAGCGUGGAACCAUUUACGGCCUCUAUGACAUUUCCGAGCAGAUUGGUGUCUCUCCGUGGUAUUUUAUGGCCGACUCGCCGCCCGCCAGCCACGCCGCCAUCUAUGCCAUGGAUACGACGAAAACGCAAGGCCCACCCUCUGUCAAGUACCGUGGUUUUUUCAUCAACGAUGAAGCCCCCGCCUUGACUGGCUGGAUGAACGAACGCUACCCGAAGAGCAAGUACGGCUCGGCCUUCGGCGCCGAGUUCUAUGUCAUGGUUUUCGAAUUGCUGCUCCGCUUGCGUGCGAACUAUCUCUGGCCUGCCAUGUGGGGAUCCAUGUUCAACGUCGAUGAUCCACGCAACCAACCGCUUGCCGACGCAUAUGGGAUCGUAAUGGGCACUUCUCACACCGAGCCCAUGAUGCGUGCUACAAACGAAUGGGGCACCUUCGGCAAGGGCCAGUGGCAGUGGAACACCAACAAUGCGUCCAUCUACCCCUUUUUCGUCGAAGGCGUCGAGCGUGCCAAGCCAUAUGAGGGCGUGGUGACUAUUGGUAUGCGCGGUAGCCAUGACACGGCCAUGAGUGAUACUGUCCAGACGUCGAUGCUUGAAGACAUUGUCGAUACUCAGCGGCAAAUCUUGACUGACGUCUACGGUAGCGAUAGCGCUGUCCCUCAGAUGUGGUGCUUGUACAAAGAAGUCCAAGGCUACUACGAAGCUGGAAUGAGGGUGCCUGACGAUGUCAUCUUGUUGUGGGCUGAUGAUAACUGGGGAAAUAACAGGAGGCUACCUGUUGGCAAUGAGACCGACAGGCCAGGCGGUGCCGGUGUCUACUACCACUUCGACUAUGUGGGUGACCCAAGAAACCACAAGUGGAUCAACGCGGUACAGCUUGAGCAUACCUGGGAACAGAUGCACAUGGCGUACGAACGGGGAGCGAAGGAGAUGUGGAUUGUCAAUGUUGGAGACAUCAAGCCUUUGGAAAUCCCCAUCAGCCAUUUGUUCGACCUGGCUUACGACAUUGACCUCUGGGAUGUCAAUAGCGUCUCGAAAUGGACAGAGCAAUUCGCUGCUAGGGAGUUCGGCUCCAGCGUCUCCCAAAGAACCGCCGAGGUCCUCCAAAAGUACGGCACGUUGGUUGCGAAGAGAAAGUACGAGCUCAUUGAUCCGAGCAUUUACAGCCUCAUCAAUUACGAGGAGGCAGACAACGUGCUAGCCGAGUGGCAGACCCUUGCCAAUGACGCUCAAAGCAUCUAUGACUCUCUACCGGCUAAUGCACAACCCGCCUUUUUCCAAAUGGUUCUGCAUCCCGUUCUGGCCGGCGGUAACGUACAUGAUCUUCACAUCAGUGCCGCAAAGAACCGACUUUACGCGGGACAAGGACGUACAAGCGCGAACGCGUGGGCCCAGAGAGUACUGGACAAAUUCAACUUUGACCAUGAGCUAACGCAGCGAUACAAUGAGCUUUUGGGAGGUAAAUGGACCCACAUGAUGGAUCAGACGCAUUUGGGAUAUGUCUAUUGGCAGCAGCCGAUGCGCCAAGUCACCCCACCACUUCAGUAUGUCCAAUUGUUCGAACGUUCCCUCAGGGGCGACAUGGGCGUGUCAGUGGAGGGGAGUAAUGCGUCGGUUCCUGGCGACGACCAAUACCACAGCCUCUCAUCCAAUAGUCUUACGCUUCCGCCUAUCGACCCUUACAGCUCAGAGCGGUGGAUCGAUAUCUACGCUUCCGGAACAAACGAGUUCUCUUGGAACAUAUCUGCAGCAUCCUGGGUCAAGUUCUCGCAGAGCUCGGGCACUCUUUCACCCACCGGCAAUGACACCGACGUGCGUAUCUACGUAUCCAUCGAUUGGGCCAACGCCCCCGCCGGCUCCAACACGACCACCAUCAAGGUCAGCUCGAGCACCAACUACGGCACGCAAUACGGCAUGCCGACCGUCAUCCUCCCAUACAAUCACACCGUCGUCCCUUCUUCCUUUACGGCCGGCUUUGUUGAAUCCGACAAGCACAUCUCCAUCGAAGCCGCCCAUUACACACGCGUCAGCGGCGCCUCGGACGGAUCUGCAGACGCGUACCAAGUCAUCCCUUCGUACGGCCGCACCCUCUCCGGCGUCCAUCUGGGCGACGUGCUCUCCCCUUCUCUGUCCAUCUCCGACGGCGCCCCGGCCCUCGAGUACGACAUCUACACCUUCACCUCCCUGGCCGAAAACAACAACAGCCAAACCGCCAACCUGACGCUCUAUCUCUCGCCCUCGCUCAACACGAAUCCGCAGCGGCCGCUGCGCUACGCCGUCGCCGUCGACGACGACGAGCCGCAGGAGGUUGCGUUCGUGACGGACCAGCCCGAGGGUCAGCUGCCGGUGGACUGGGAGGCUGCCGUCGCGGAUGCAGCGUGGAUCAGCACCACGGGCAACCACUCGGCGCUGGGCACGGCCGGCGCGCACACGGUCAAGGUGUGGGCGCUUGAGCCGGGAGUCGUCGUGCAGAAGGUAGUGCUGGAUUUGGGCGGCGUCAGGGACAGCUACUUGGGCCCGCCUGAGAGCUAUAGAGUGCAGUGA